AACCAAACUUGUCAUUUGUCAUAACAAUGAGAAAUCAUCACACACAUUCUUCUUCAUCUUUUUCCUUCAUCCUCUUUCUCUUCCUGUUCUUCAUCUCCUUCUCAUUCUCAACAUCAAAACUCGAACCCGCAAAACCUAAAAGAAAACAUUCAGUUUCAGCUAUUCUCGUGUUCGGAGAUUCAACCGUGGAUCCGGGAAAUAACAACUACAUCGACACAAUAUUCAAGUGUAAUUUUCCGCCCUAUGGACUCGAUUUCAAAAACAAAAUUCCCACCGGUAGAUUUUGCAACGGCCGACUCGUCACAGAUUUCAUUGCUUCAUACAUUGGUGUGAAGGAGAAUGUGCCACCAUAUUUGGACCCAAAUCUUGGAGUAAAUGAGCUAAUAAGUGGAGUUAGCUUUGCUUCAGCUGGUUCUGGAUAUGAUCCUCUCACUCCAACCAUUACUGGUUUAUGGAAAGAAGGAGCAAGAAAGAUAACAGUGGCUGGUAUACCACCGAUUGGGUGUUUGCCGAUUGUUAUAACAUUAUUCUCCGGCGAAGCAUUGACCAACCGUCGUUGCAUUGACCGUUUCGCCACCGUGGCCACAAACUACAAUUUCCUCUUACAAAAACAAUUGGGCCUCAUGCAAAUGAAUUUGGCCCAUCUUGGAUCAAAGAUCUUUUACCUCGACGUCUAUAACCCAGUCUAUGAGGGUUUGAGGAAGUGUUCAGUGGAUGUUGUGGAAGUGGAUACCUAGAGGCAUCGUUUUUGUGUAAUCCAAAGUCAUAUGUGUGUUCCAAUACAUCUGCUUAUGUCUU